AGGUAUCUCGAGAGACAGUCGUCAUAAGCGGUCGCACACUGGUGCCAAGCGUGCUCAGAUCCGCAAGAAGAGGAAGUUCGAACUCGGUCGCCAGGCUGCCAACACCAAGAUUGGUACCAAGCGUAUUCACGUCAUCCGUGUUCGUGGAGGAAACACCAAGUUCCGUGCUCUUCGUCUGGACUCUGGAAACUUCUCUUGGGGAACCCAGUCGAUCACUCGCAAGUCCCGUGUUAUUCGUGUCAUCUAUAAUGCUUCCAACAACGAGCUUGUUCGUACCAACACACUUGUUAAAGGAUGCAUUGUUGAAAUUGACGCUGUUCCCCUUCGUCAGUGGUACGAGUCCCACUAUGGUGUUCCUCUAGGCCGCAAGAAGCAUGGUGCUGAUGAAACUGUCGAGAAGACUGGCUCUAACCAUGUUCAACGCAAGGUUGAAGCUCGCCAGAAGGAUUGCUCCGUUGACUCGGCUCUCAAUGACCAAUUUGCUGCUGGUCGUGUCCUUGCACGUUUGUCUUCCCGUCCUGGUCAAUCUGGACGUGCUGAUGGUUACAUUCUUGAAGGUCGUGAACUUGAGUUCUAUCUCCGUAAGCUCCGAUCUCGCAAAGUUUAAACUUUUUCAAAAAAAAUGUAUCCGAUCUCGUUUUUCCACU